ACCCGACCCGCACUUCACCUUCACCCACGCCCCUCGAUUCAGAGACACCGACUUCUCGAUACCCCAAAUAAACCGCCAAAGAAGUUUGCGCUUCCCAAUACCUCGGCCUUGCAGAGGAGUUGGCUCCAGAUUCUACGAGCCGGAGUCGGAGGGGUUUGGCUGAGCGAUUAGCCUUCACGGUCCUACAAAGAUGGCCGUUAAUAGGAUAAGAGGCGCAUUUGCGCCCCCACGAAAGGGAGAGACGUUCGAAUUGAGGGCGGGUCUGGUAUCUCAAUAUGCCUACGAACGGAAAGAAGCCAUUCAGAAGACUAUCAUGUCCAUGACGCUAGGCAAAGAUGUCUCGGCCCUCUUCCCUGACGUUCUGAAGAACAUUGCGACUGCCGACCUUGAUCAGAAGAAGCUGGUAUAUCUAUACCUCAUGAAUUACGCAAAAUCACACCCCGACCUCUGUAUUCUCGCCGUAAACACUUUCGUACAAGACUCCGAAGACGCAAACCCGCUCAUACGAGCAUUGGCGAUCCGAACCAUGGGCUGCAUCCGCGUCGAUAAAAUGACAGACUAUAUGGAGGAACCGUUGCGGAAGACACUCAGAGACGAAUCUCCAUACGUACGGAAAACAGCAGCACUCUGUGUAGCUAAGCUUUUCGACCUCGCACCCUCCAUGUGCAUCGAGAAUGGCUUCCUGGAGCAGCUGCAGGAACUUGUUGGCGACCCGAACCCCAUGGUCGUCGCAAACUCGGUCACUGCGCUGGUGGAGAUCCAGGAGGCAGCACCGGAAACCAAGGCCCUGGUUAUAUCGUCACAACAGCUGAAGAAGAUGCUUCUGGCGCUGAAUGAGUGUACAGAAUGGGGUAGAGUCACUCUCCUCACCACUUUGGCAGACUACAAGCCAGCAGAUGUCAAGGAGGCAGAGCACAUUUGCGAGCGAGUCGUUCCACAGUUCCAGCAUGUCAACCCGAGUGUGGUGCUAGCCGCUGUCAAGGUCGUCUUCCUGCACAUGCGAAACAUCUCCCCCGAGAUGAUGAAGUCGUAUGCAAAAAAGAUGGCUCCUCCACUAGUCACGCUCGUAUCGUCCGCUCCAGAAGUACAAUACGUUGCGCUCCGAAACAUCGACCUCCUCCUCCAGAAACAAUCGGAUAUCCUCAGCAAAGAGAUGCGCGUCUUCUUCUGCAAAUACAACGAUCCGCCGUACCUGAAGAUGCAGAAGUUGGAAAUCAUGGUGCGGAUAGCCAACGACAAGAACGUCGACCAGUUACUGGCCGAGCUCAAGGAGUACGCUAUGGAGGUGGACAUGGAUUUCGUGCGACGAGCCGUGAAGGCUAUCGGGCAGGUCGCAAUCAAGAUCGAAAGCGCAAGCGAGAAGUGCGUCAACACACUGUUAGACCUCAUCAACACCAAAGUCAACUACGUCGUGCAGGAAGCAAUCGUAGUCAUCAAGGACAUUUUCCGCAAAUACCCCGGUUACGAAGGCAUAAUACCGACACUCUGCCAGUGCAUAGACGAGCUGGAUGAGCCCAACGCGAGAGCCUCUUUGAUCUGGAUUGUUGGAGAGUACGCUGAGAAGAUCAACAAUGCCGGCGAGAUCCUCUCAAAUUUCGUGGACACAUUUGCCGAAGAGUUCACUCAAACACAACUUCAAAUACUCACAGCCGUCGUCAAGCUUUUCCUAAAGAAGCCAGAUCAAGCACAAGGCUUGGUAACAAAGGUUUUGCAGGCCGCUACCGCAGAUAACGACAACCCAGAUAUCCGCGAUCGAGCAUACGUGUAUUGGCGACUGCUUUCUAGUGAUCCUCAGAUCACCAAGGAUAUUGUGCUCUCCGACAAACCCCCGAUCACAUCCACAAUACGGUCACUGCCUCCUCAACUACUAGAGACGCUACUCACAGAACUAUCAACUCUGGCUUCAGUCUACCACAAGCCACCAGAGGCUUUCCUUGGACAAGGCAGAUUUGGUGCAGAGGCCAUGCAACGGGCUGCCAUUGAAGAGCAACAGGAAGAAGCAAGAGAAAACCCAAUCGCGGCAGCAGCAGCCGCUGCUGCCGUCAGCGGACAAGCGCCUUCAAACGUGGAGAACCUUUUGGAUAUCGAUUUCGACGGCUCCGCGCCUGCUUCAAUGCAGAAAACACCCACACAUGGCUCAUCGGGUCUCGAAGGACUCGCUGGCACCCCGCAACGCGUCGCAUCCCCAGCCACAAACGCACCCGCUCCACAACAAUCGAACAUGGACGAUUUGCUAGGCUUGUUUGGAGAUGGAGGCGGUGCCGCACCUCCAGCACAGGCCGCACAGAUGAGCAACGACGACAUCAUGAAUGGAUUCGCGAGCAUGAGCAUGGAUACCAACCAACCGCCGCCACCGGCACAGCAACUAGGCGGCGAGCCGAGCAAGAAGAGCAACCAGGAUUUGCUCGACUUGUUCUAAAUAGACGGUCUCGAGACCAUUGCUCCAGUUUGGGUCUUUGUAUGUUAGCGAAAACGUAUAUCUAGUGAGCAUCUACUGGCGCUGGAAAAGCGUGCCCCGAUUCGAUGACAUGUGUACAAAUCAAGAGUUGGUAACUAUGAUACUAGUAUGAAGCAUCAAAAUGCUUGCUGU